AUGGCGGAACUGAAGACAGACGUUUUGACAAAGCUUAAGCAGUAUCUCAUAUCAAUACCAAACGGCGAGCACCUCUUUGCAACGCACUACGAAGAACUUUUUUCAGUUUCGGACUUCGAAAUAUUCCUCGUCAAAUUAAACAAGAUUAAGUGGCGUAUGCGAGCAAACCCAUUAGUACCUCAAAACAUAAAAGAUCAAAUCACUUUGAUGAUUAAACAGUGUAUCAAUCUAGCAGUUUCAGAUGAUACGACAGCUAAGAAGGAAAUUGAAGCAAAAAACUUAAUCAACUCCCCCGAUACUCAAAGUCAAAUUAGUGUGGAAUACUGCGAACACACCAACGUUCCACUAUAUAAUGCUUUAUUAAAGGCAACGCCACAACAACUUGAAGUCAUCCACGAUAUUAUUCACAACUCAUUUCAUAAGACUUCAGAUGAUGGGGUGGUUUCUUACGACGACUCUGAUUUCGAUGUUGAGUUUGAUGCGAAUGAACUCACUCAAGAGUGUCAAGCUGAUAUUGUCAGUGUUUUGAAUUGUAAAUGA